AUGGAAUCGACAGACAAAAUUACCAGAACAAAUCUUACUAGUGUGGAAGAAUUUAUUUUCUUGGGAUUUUCUAACCAAUCUGAACUUCAAGGAUUCCUGUUUGGUAUUUUCUCAGUCAUUUACAUAAGUAUCAUAAUAGGAAAUGGGUUUAUUAUUUUAAUAACCAAAUUUGAUCAAACUCUUCAAACCCCCAUGUAUUUUUUCCUUGGGAAUUUUUCCUUCUUGGAAAUUUGCUACACAUCAGUGACUCUUCCCAGAAUGUUGAAGGACUUUUGGACCCAGAAUAAUCAUAUUUCUCUACUGUCUUGUGCAGUUCAAAUGUGUUUCUUUCUCAUUCUUGGGGUCACUGAGUGUUUGCUCUUAGCCGUGAUGGCAUAUGAUCGUUAUGUUGCCAUUUGUAAGCCUUUAUACUAUCCUCUCAUCAUGAAUCACAGAGCAUGUGUCCAGCUUGUUGUGGGUGCUUGGAUCAGUGGAAUGCCAAUUCAGAUAGGAGAGGUAUGCCACAUAUUUUCCCUCCCUUUCUGUGGUUCUAACAAACUUGAUCAUGUUUUCUGUGACAUCCCCCCAUUACUGAAGCUGGCCUGUGGGGACACUUCUUUGAAUGAAGUUUCUGUUUAUGCCGAUGCUCUGUUGUUUGGUAUGGUUCCUUUUCUUUUGAUACUGAAUUCCUACAUCAGGAUCAUUACCACAAUCCUGAAGCUUCCAUUAGCCAUAGGAAGAUCCAAAGCCUUUUCUACAUGUUCAUCACAUCUGAUUGUUGUUGGUUUAUUCUUUGUGUCUGCUUCCAUUUCAUAUUUUCAACCCAAAUCCAAUCAAUCAAUAGGAACAGGAAAAGUACUUUCCCUUUUCUAUACUAUUGUGACUCCAAUGUUUAAUCCCAUGAUAUAUAGCCUUAGGAACAAGGAUGUCAUAAUGGCAGUGAGAAAAUUAUUAUCUUGA